ACAGAUUUAGAAACAAAACUCCAACAACAAAUUACAUAGAAUGAAAUUAAUAAUUAAUGGAUAAGAAGAUGAUUAUCAAAUACAAAAGAAACGAUACCUAUUUCAUCAAACACCUCAAAUUUACAAAUCAGGUAAGAACCCAUCACUCCGAAGCAAUGAGAGAGAGCAGGGAGAGACUGAGUGUCUGUUUCUAAUCAAAAAAUUAAAAUAAAAAAAAUUGAUGGUUGAACUGCUCACAGAAACCUCAUCUAAAUCUUAUUCCCACUACCCAUUUUUAUUCAAUGUAGACACUGUGAGAUCAUUAUAGUUGGAGAAUUUGAGAUUUAUCAUUAUAGAUAUUCAUGGCUUUCUAUAUUUCAAAGAAAUAGUUUUGUGUUGACACAUACCUAGAACCAGACAAGAGCUUUGAUUUUUAUUAACAGAGAGAUCUCGUUUUAUCAGGUUUAGAGGACCAGGAAUUUUGUAUACAACAAAAUAUCAACUUUGAUGUUAGUAUUUAUAAAAAAAAAGGAGAGAGACGCUCUCCAACCAUCACUCGACGUCACUAAAACCCUUUUCAAAUUAAACCUUUCCUCAAGAUCUUCUCAAAUUAAACCUUUCCUCAAGAUCGAUCCUUUGGAUCAUACCUUUUCUAAACCAUUCUACAACCAAAAUCUCGCAAUUGAAGACUAUCUUAUGAACUAAAACCUCUUUCUUGAUCCCCCUGGAAGCAUUCAUCACAUGAGUAUCCCUGCGAGGUAAGUCUCAAACUCAACUGAUUUCUCAGUUAAAUUUUCUUUGGUGCUCUGUUUCAGGUAUUACUAUUGGCACCCCCCUUACUCUACUGUUUGCUUAUCUUCUCAUUUUCCCGGCUGCUUCUCCUCAACUUCUUUUGCUGUCAGUUUUUGCCUAGCUUGACCCCACUGUCGUGUCGCUCUCUCGCCAUCCCUUUAUUCCUUAUCCCUAUCUUAUCUCCCCCCGCGUUUCUCUCAACCCCCUCUGCUCUUAUGCAACACAGUAAAAAAUCAGAUCUCACUUUAAUGCACCCAACCACUGUAAUAACUGAGUUGAAAUCAGCUCAAAAAGUAAAGAAGUGGUUAACCAAACUCUGGCUAUUUGAAUUCAUGGCAACUAUGUGGGCGAAGUUAAUCAAAAGCAUCAAAAGAAUAACCAUCAGUCAAACCAGCUUGAACAACCCAAACAUGAACAGUAUCAACGACCCAUCGUCGAACAACCAAAGAGAAACGGAGCUGGUAGAUAGAAUGAACACACAACUCUCAAUGACCCGAUCUAUUACUCUAAAACCAGAAACAAUUUCGAAAUGAAGGAACAAUACUGAAUUCAUGGUGGUAGCAAGAAUAUUCUGUCCAUUCAAGCUGAAUAUAAAGAAGAUGAUGGAAAUGUUACAGUUCUUAUGGGUGCUGGCAUAUCAACCCAUUGCUACUCUAGUAAGUGGCUCUACCGAAGCCAACAAGUUCACCAUCGAACUGCAAUCACGUGCUGAUGUCCAAAGAGCAAUCAGAUAUUCCCCAACUAAAUAUGUUGCGUGGCUGCUGGUCCUUAAGCCUUACCAAUUUGGAAUCCCACCAUCCAUGAUACAUAUGACGCUAGUAAACUUUUGGGUUAGCUUCAUGAAUCUACCUGUUGAGUUUUUCGGCGAAGGGAUACCGGAAAUGAUUGCAAACAACAUUGGAACUUUCAUCAACAAAGAACUCCCGCAAGACUGUAACCAUGCUCGUCCAUUCAUAAGAUGUCUUGUCCAAAUGGAUCUAAAUGAACGCUUUGAUCCUACCUUUGACCUCAUUCUGGGAGAACAUGAUGUGUUUGAGGUCAUGUUGUACUAUGAGCCGCUGCCUAAAUCUUUCUGCAAAAUAUGUAGGAUAAUAAACCAUCCAACGGAGAAAUGUAGAGAGCUCAGUAACGAUGAUUUCCCCAUUAUAUUGCUAGAACCGGAUCAGCAGGAGGAAGUGGCAUUAAAUGAUGCCAAUGUCCAAAUGAACUUUGAUGAAUUGGAAGACGAGACAUCAUUAUCAGCUCACCAAGCACCCCAGAGAGUCUAUGAAGCAAGAGACUUGAUAAUCCCGGAGUUCAUUUCUCCACCAAACUUGGUGGCUCCGGCGAUCCCACCGGGAUUUAGCAUGAACAUCUCUGACGCUGAUCUGAGAAACGCUUUUAUUAGCCCCCAAAUGAGCAUAGCGUCCCUGAGCAGCUCCAACUCAUCCAAGAGACUAUGGGAGGAUGAUAUAGAAAUCUCAGCAAACAAAUUUCAGAGAUGGGAUACGCCAAUAGAAGAGAGCGAUGUUUAAAUGGUUCCUACAAUUUUCUUCAUGGACCACCACCAGUACAAAGCAUGAUAUGGACACCUGAGGAUUCUAUGGGUGUACCAAACUCGACUGUGUUUGGGGAAAACAAUCAAAUAGUAUUAUCCUCAUCAGGCGGGCUACACCAGAUGGUGCCCUUAUCAACUUGUAUGGCUAUAACAACGGAUCCGCUGCUAGAGAUUAAUCCAAACAUCAACAAAGGCAAAUCGUCUAUGACUCAUGCAGAAGUUGGGGAGUCUCAACGAUCUCAAACAGAAAAGGAAAUGGAGAAUACUGCUAACUUCCUCCAGAUGCCAAAUCAGGUGAAUACAAUGGAAGGAAGCGUAAAAACUCAAAUUAAACAAAGAAAAAAUUCUCGAACUGCUGAGGGAGGAAGAACUAACAAUAUUUGGAGUGGAUCUAAACAAAGCUCCCAUAAUGGUCUCUGAAGAAAUCACAAACCAGAUCUCAGUUAUAAACUCAAAAGGGGUGGUCAUCAAUCAGAUGGAGAAACAACCAAAAAGGCAAGAAGGAAAAGGAAAGUCGAUCUAUGCAAAAAUAAGGAAAAAUCGAUUGGAGGCUAUUUUGUUAAGGAAGACUGUUCAAAAUCUGAUGGGAGCUCAAAAACCUCAAAAGAAAAAAGGGGCGGUCAAGGGAAAAUCUAAAUCCAAGAUGGGAAAUAUUAAUCAACCUGAUUGCUUGAUCCCACCACAUAUGUACUUUGGUAAGCCGGAAAUAAACUGCUCUCAAUUUCCAUCAUCAUCGACCUCUCAACCUAAUUUCAAAAUCAAUACCCAUAAUCUUUCAGACAACAGUGCUAUCUCCACCUACCAGGGUCAACCCCAGAACCAAAAAGAGAUUUUCGUUCCACCUCUAGUCAUUUCUGCUCCUUUCAAUAUAGUCCCAUGGCCCGAUCAUCAAUACCCCUGAAAUACCAUUCCUUCUUUUCAAGCUCAAGCUCAAGUAGUCGAGAACAGUGGGAUGCCAAUUAGUGAUACCAACAAACUGGUUGAAGAUAAUGGUGAUGGGAAAGGUUCAAAGCACAUGGAUGGUGCAAUCAUUGGGGAUACUCAAUCAAAAGGUGAUGAUGCUAGCGCAAAAGGGGAGGAUCAGAUACAACAGGAAUCAUCACCAACUCAACAAGUCGGAACACAGCUCAAUCAAUAGGAGUAGUAGCGGCACUGGUAAAGGCCAGGAGAAAGUGCCAGAAACAGCUCCACAUCAAGGUGGAAGACACCAAAGUUAGAAGGCAACUAAUCAAGCAACUGCACAAUAAAAACCAGGAUUCGGGGAAUCCCUUUUUUACUUCGAUAUCAAACUUAAUCAUGUAUUUCAGUUCUAUUUUAUGUAACAGUCUUAAUGGACCUAUAAGACAAGACAUCCCUAAAAGUGCUCAAAUAUUCCUAGAUAACCACAAUCUAAGACCAUUUUGGAACACGUUAAUUCCCGGGAACUAUCCCUUAUCUAUUUGUAAUGCUAAGUGAGAGGAUCUACCUCUGACUUAGCCCGUUUCGUUAAUGAAGUUAUUUU